AGUGCGGCCGUGCCCUUAGAAUCCAGCAAAUGUGUUCACAUGAUCAUUGAAUCACAAAUAGCCAAGAAGCCCUAUGCUCCAGCGAUCUGCGCCUGGGAUGGAAUAAAGAACUACGCCGGGCGUGACAGUUACACGACUAUUCUGGCGACAGAACUUGUCCGCCGUGGGGUCGGACCGGGCGUAUUUCUGUCUCUCUGGUUGUCGAAAAGCCAAUGGGUCCCU